CGCAUUGUUAUUAGACUUCAUCUGUCAAAAGUUGUUUACUUCCCCUGAGCGGCGGCUUGAGCUUGAGGUUAAAGAGGCCGCAGGAGGUGUGCUCCGAUGCCGCCGCCCUCCCAAACGAUAUUGCUGAGCAGGUGGAAGGUAUGACCUGACCUGACCACCGCCACUCCUGGAGCCUCAUGUGCCCGUGACGACGCCGAGAAAGGAACAGGAUGGGGGCAAGAUCGGCCAUCUUCAUGGUGUUUGUUGGGUGUUGCAGCAAUGUGGUCUUUCUGGAGCUGCUGGUCAAGGCGGAGCCAGGCAGCGGUAACAUCAUCACCUGUGCUCAGUUCCUCUUCAUUACGCUGCACGGCUUCCUCUUCACCACACGCCUUGGCACCAAGAGAAAUGUGGUGCCCCUGAGGGACUAUUUGGUGCUGGUGGUGUUGUUCUUCAUCGUCAAUGUCACCAACAACCUGGCGUUCGCGUUCAAUAUCUCGAUGCCGCUGCACAUGAUCUUCCGAAGUGGUGGGCUCAUUGCCAACAUGGUGAUGGCGUUGGUGGUGCUGGGCCGCCGCUACACACUCUCCAAGUAUGUUAGUGUGGCCAUGAUCACCCUAGGCACCCUCGUGUGUACUUAUGCCUCUGCACACUUCCUGGAAGAAGCUGUCACUGAUGGUGGAGAAAGUCCUGAUGAUGGUGGCAACGGUGAUGUUCUCUCCAGCUUUGCGACCUGGCUAGCAGGCAUUGCACUGCUGACCUUCGCCCUCUUCCUGUCAGCAAGGAUGGGCAUCUUCCAGGAGUGUCUGUAUGCUCAGCAUGGCAAACACCCACAGGAGGCACUCUUCUAUAUUCAUGCCCUCUCCCUGCCGGGGUUCUUGAUGACGGUAAGCAGCAUCAUGGAGAGUGCCAAGCGGUUCACCUCCUCCCAGCCCCUCCCUGCCAUGGCGGCCCUGCCACUCCUGGGGGCAACACCUCGCCUUUGGCUCUUCCUGCUGGGCAACACGCUCACACAGUUUGUGUGCAUCAGCUCAGUGUUCCGGCUCACUUCUGAGUGUUCCUCCCUCACCGUUACGCUGGUGCUCACGCUUCGCAAGUUUCUCUCACUCCUCUUCUCCAUUGCCUACUUCGCCAAUCCCUUCACUCUGGCACACUGGGUUGGCACAGUACUUGUCUUUGGAGGCACUCUGAUCUUCUCAGAGGUGCCAAGCAAGGUGAGAGAGGCAAUGGCACCAGCACCACCUGUUAGUGCCUCUGAUGUCACAGCUAAGAAGACUGAUUGAAGGGCUGCUGAGAGAGGUAAUGAGAGGAAUACUGUGGAGAAAGAAGGUGGUUUCAGGUGGCUGUGGAUGUGCCACCUUCCCCACCCAUCCACCCUUCUACCUUCCACCUUUCCUGUGCUGUUCCCCCAUCAUGUUUAUUGGCAUGUUUGUUUUGUUGCUGUUCUCCAAACCUCUAAACAUUUUGGUUCUAGGAAACAAUCUGAGUACAAGCAGUAAGUUCUUAAAAGGGAGCAAACUUUUAUGGUCUGAGAAAAAAAGGUGAUAAUUUUUUUUCUUUUGUGUAGAUCUUCUAACUUUUAUGUCAUGUAAUUUUGUGCGACAUUUUUGUAAAGCUUGUGGCGUGGGUUACAAUUGUCUCAAAUGGCAGCUAAAGAUAUGGUUGGAGGGAGCUACUACCUACUUAUUUAAUAUUUGUUAUUAUUUAUUUAGGAAGGAGAUGAAAGGAAAUGCAGGUGUCCUAAAUGGAGUAGAAUAUUCCCAGAUAGUUUUGUCAGUGCUUUUUUAGGGAAAUGAAGGAGCUCCAGUGAUAUCUCAUCUAAUAAGCCAAGACCCAUGGUCACCCUUGCUCGAUGAAUGUGUGAAGGUCAUCACUUAAUGUUGGCCAUUCAAGUGUCUGAUUGGCUUGUGUGCUCGCUUCCUCCGUAAAUCAGGUUUUUCUGCUGAUAUCUACUAUACACAAACAGUCGUUUUGGUCCUCACCACAAUUGUUCUGCUGUUAAUAUUCUGUUUUGUGGCAAUGUGCAAUACUUUGUGACCUUCCUUUUAUUCUUGCUGAGGCUUCAAUAGAAAAAAAGGAAGGUCACAGAAGUAUUGUACAUCGCCACAAACCAGAAUAUCAGCAAGGGAACAGAUAUGGUGUACACUGAGAUGGCUGCAUGCAUAUGUGUAGCAGAUACCAGCAGAAUGACCUAGCCUAGAAAGCAAGCAAACAAGCAGGCCAGUCAAAGACGCCAGGGUGGCUAACCUUAGGUGACGACUUCCUUUGCUGGAACCUCCAAUCAGUGAACUGGACUGAUCAUGAGUUGGAUAGAUCACCAGAGCUGCCUGAACUCCCCUGAAGAAGCAUCUGCAAGACUAGUUUGGUAGACACUCAUUACACCUGUAUUUCCUUUCACAUUUUCCAACUUAGUGAUAAUGUCACAACAUUAUUUAUUUUGUUGAUUUAUUAAUAUUAGAAGUAUACAUAAGUUAAUGAAUCAUAUCUUAUCUUCUAUCUCUUCAUCUGAAGAUAGUUAAUGCUGCCUGUGUUGGAAAUGUGUUUUGUGAUGAUAUGGAAAUGCAUCUGAGUCUCAGGAAGACUCAGAGUUGUAAUGAUAUUGUAUUAUAGUGCUUGUUGUGUGUUGUGAGGGUGAGACUAAAAGUGACUUCAUCAGAAAUGUAUUUAUUUUUGAAUGUCAAAGUUAAUGUUAAUCAGAUAAUUAUGAUUUACUCAAGUAAAUCAAAAGUGCAGGUAUACCAGACAUGUGAUAUAUAUCCUUUUAACCCAAAGGUGAAGGAAGGUAAGUUACAGGUAAUAUGUCAUAUUUUUGCACACCAAAGGAGAGGUCUGCUAGACAUUUGCUAUUUAAUAAGUAUUCUUUUGACCCAUUUACUCUGCCUUUGGUGAGUGUUUAUGAUAGCGAUAGUGAUAGUGAUGAUGGUGGUAUGUGAACACAGCUGAAGGAGGUUAGAUGGGAACUAUUUUAUGAGGUUCAGAUGAAGGUAGAAUGUCACAAUUGUAGAAAUUUCAGUGAUUGACUGAAAAUGUGCAGCUGAGGAUAGGCAGUGAUGUGAGGGAGUGUGUGUGUGUAGUGUGUAAAGAGUGUAAGAGGGGCAUUAUAAAGCUGUUGUGAGCAUUCCCUACCCUACACAUAGUUUUAGGACUCAUUCCUCAAGGCAGUUAUUUCUUUUCCAAAUACUUAAACACAUUCCAUCAAAUAGUCAUUCCUUAUGGUACACAUACAACAAAAAUGUUUCUUUAGGCAUUAAUCCUUCAUAAAGUACUCAAACAUUAAACUCUUUGAAUGUUACCAAGCACUGGAAUCGAACCAAUGCGUUGAUGCUGUUGUCCUCCCCACUCUUUGUUAUAAAUACCCAAAAGUUACAAUAUGUCAAAUCAUGAUUAUUUGAAAUUGUUUUUUUGAUUUAUGAUUAAGAAAUAGAUAUCCCAUUAUUAUGCUUGGCUAAAGUGAAAAAUCGGUUCAUGGCUGAUAGUUGGCAGGUUAUUAGUCGGUGGUAUAGUCUUCUCAUGACGCCAGCAAAGCAAGAGUAUGUCAUUCGGUUUGUGUUAGAAUUGUUUUAUGUCCGUGUUGUUAAUGUUGAGAUGCAAACAUUAUUUGGGUUGUGCAAUAUCAGUAUUUUUGAGAAGCAAAUUUGUUGCAUUGUUACCUGAAGGAUCACAUUGUUAUUAGAAAAUCAUAGUUUCAAGUGUUUUUUGUGCAGCUUUUGAAAAGGUAUAUUACAUAGAUUAUUAAUUAAGCAGAAUUAGUUUUAUAUUGGAAUGAAUGUACCUCAGAGCUUUAAAUUAUAAUGGACCAAGUAUAUUGCAAGGAAUCAGAUAUUUUUUUGAUGUAAAGAUCUUAACUCAAUGAAAGAAACAGCUUUAAUAAAAGGUACAAAAACAUAUUUAUUUAUGUGUAAGGUUUGAGGUGAUGUAAAGUAUUUUCAGGGGAGCAUAAGUGAAUAUAAUUAGGAAGUUGGCAGCUUCUUGGGGUAGGCUGUUGAGGUUGUUGAUCAGAUUACUGUGCAAGAUUUCACAAAAUGUUGAUGUAUGCAAUAGAUUCAGUAAAGAAUUAUUAUUUUACUGAUUGUAAUUAACUGGAUAUUGUAGAGAGGCUUUCAAAAAGUAGUGGAUCAUAUAAUCUUGAUGUAAGGGAGGUCACUUUUAAGGAAUUUGAGUAGAGUUGGGUGAGUGUUUCGUGUAUGGGUUGAUUCAGUGGAGUUGACAGUGCAGCCUUUACCUCAGUGCUGUUAGGGAAGGCAGAAGUGCAGUACCCUUUGUGGCUACAUUAUGUGGUACUGCAUUCUGUUCCAGUCCAUUCUGUACUCUUCCAUUCCUUGCCUUCCAUUCUGUACUCUCCCAUUCCUUGCCUUCCAUUCUGUACUCUCCCAUUCCUUGCCUUCCAUUCUGUACUCUCCCAUUCCUUGCCUUCCAUUCUGUACUCUCCCAUUCCUUGCCUUCCAUUCUGUACUCUCCCAUUCCAUUGCCUUCCAUUCUGUACUCUUCCAUUCCUUGCCUUCCAUUCUGUACUCUUCCAUUCCUUGCCUUCCAUUCUGUACUCUCCCAUUCCUUGCCUUCCAUUCUGUACUCUUCCAUUCCUUGCCUUCCAUUCUGUACUCUUCCAUUCCUUGCCUUCCAUUCUGUACUCUCCCAUUCCAUUGCCUUCCAUUCUGUACUCUUCCAUUCCUUGC